CCCGCCCGCGCUCCCGGGGGUGUCACCGGCCCCGCUCCCCCCGCGCCAUGGCCGGGCUCCUGUCGCGACUAUCGCUGCUGUCGCUGCUGUGGCUGUCGCUGCUGCGGGCGGGACCCGCCGGCGGCUCCAAGGACGAUUGUGCCACCAACCUGUUCACGGCCAGCGGCGAGUGCUGCCGCGCCUGCAGCGUGGGCGAGGGCGUGGCGCAGCCCUGCGGGGUCAACCAGACGGUGUGCGAGCCCUGCCUGGACAGUGUCACCUUCUCGGACACGGUGAGCGCCACGGAGCCGUGCCGGCCGUGCACGCAGUGCGGGGGCCUGCAGAGCAUGUCGGCGCCGUGCGUGGAGUCGGACGACGCGGUGUGCGUCUGCUCCUACGGCUACUUCCAGGACGAGGCGAGCGGGGGCUGCCGGCAGUGCCGCCUGUGCGAGGCCGGCUUCGGGCUGAUGUUCUCGUGCAAGGGCUCGCAGGACACGGUGUGCGAGGAGUGCCCGCCCGGCACCUUCUCCAGCGAGGCCAACUUCGUGGAUCCCUGCCUGCCCUGCACCACCUGCGAGGACAGCGAGGUGCUGGUCAGGGAGUGCUCGGCCACCCAGGACGCCGAGUGCCGGGGUCUCCACCCGCGCUGGACAACGCAGCCCCCGGGGCUGGGGGGCUCCGAGAGCCCCGCGGUGGCCACCAGGGAGGCGCUGAGCCCCGCGGGCGUGGCCAGCACGGCCGCCGAUGUGGCCACCACGGUGCUGGGCAGCUCCCAGCCCGUGGCCACCCGCGGCGGCGGCGACAACCUGAUCCCGGUGUACUGCUCCAUCCUGGCGGCCGUGGUGGUGGGGCUGGUGGCGUACAUCGCCUUCAAGAGGUGGAACAGCUGCAAGCAGAACAAGCCGGGCGCCAACACCCGGCCCGCCAACCAGACACCCUCCCCCGAGGGCGAGAAGCUGCACAGCGACAGCGGCAUCUCGGUGGACAGCCAGAGCCUGCACGAGCAGCAGCCGCCCGGGCCCGGCGGGCAGGGCACGGCCCCCAAACCCGAGGCGAGCCCGCACGCAGCGCUGCCGGCCAGCACGCAGGAGGAGGUGGCCAAGCUGCUGGGCAGCUCGCCGCAGGACUCGUGGCGGCAGCUGGCGGGCGAGCUGGGCUACCAGGAGGAGCUGAUCGCGUCCUUCACGCGGGAGGAGUGCCCGGCGCGGGCGCUGCUGGCGCACUGGGCGCGCCGCGACUCGGCCACGCUGGAGGCGCUGCUGGCGGCGCUGCGCCGCGCCCAGCGCGGGGACAUCGCGGACAGCCUGGCGGGCCGCGCCACGGCCACCUCCCCGGUCUGAGCGGGA